ACAUUAUCCUCAGUUUCUCGCUUUACGUCUCAGACGACAAAACUCUUUCUUCCUAACCUUCUUCGGGUCGAUCAUGGCUGAUACUGCAAUUGCCUCGCUCAUCAACGUUGAGCCAGUCCCCACAAAGAAACCAAGAAACAAUAGGAAAGCUCUGAAACAGAAAAACCCAUCAACAAAUGAGGUUAAUAUCAUGGCUCAGAAGCUCUCCGAGAUCUCUCCCGUUCCCCCUCCACCAUCAGACACUGAUCCUUUGAAAGAGAACCACGAAAGCCUCUCUCAAUCUCGCUCUUCUCCCAAGAAAUCGAAGGCUAAGGCCCCAAAGGCUAAGCAGACAAAGCAGACCUCUUCAUUUGAAAAGGACAUGCAAGAAAUGCAAGAAAUGCUUCAGAAGUUGAGGAUUGAAAAGGAAAAGACUGAGGAGUUGCUGAAGGAGAAGGAUGAGAUGCUGAAGGCCAAAGAAGAGGAGCUUGUAACCAAGGGCAGAGAGCAAGAGAAGUUACAGAUGGAGUUCAAGAAGUUGCAGAAACUGAAGGAGUUUAAGCCCAACAUGAUUCUGCCGCUUGUUCAAUCAUCGCAAGAUGACCAAGACAAGAAGAAGAAGAAAAAGAAGGGUGGCCUUGAAAAGAAAAGGCCAUCUCCACCUUACAUCUUGUGGUGCAAAGAUCAAUGGAAUGAGGUCAAGAAAGAGAAUCCAGAUGCAGAGUUCAAAGAGAUCUCAAACAUCUUGGGGGCAAAGUGGAAGAGUGUUAGUGCAGAGGAAAAGAAGCCUUAUGAGGAAAAGUAUCAGGCUGAAAAGGAAGCCUAUCUGCAGUUAAUUGCAAACGAGAAGCGAGAGGGUGAAGCAAUGAAGCUGUUCGAAGAGGAGCAUAAGCAAAAGACAGCAAUGGAAUUGCUUGAACAGUACAUCCAAUUCAAGCAAGAAGCAGAAAAGGAGAACAAGAAGACCAAGAAAGAAAAGGAUCCGCUGAAACCAAAGCAGCCCAUUUCAGCUUUUUUCUUGUUCUCAAAUGAGAGACGGGCUGCUUUACUUUCAGAGAAGAAUGUUCUGGAGGUGGCAAAGAUUGCUGGUGAGGAAUGGAAGAACAUGACGGAAGAAGAAAGGAGGCCUUAUGAAGAGAUGGCAAAGAAGAACAAGGAGAAGUACUUGCAAGAAAUGGAGGCCUACAAGCAGAAAAAGGAUGAAGAAGCUAUGAAUCUAAAGAAAGAAGAAGAAGAGAUGUUGAAGCUUCAGAAACAGGAAGCCCUGCAACUGCUUAAGAAGAAGGAGAAAACAGAAAACAUAAUCAAGAAAACCAAAGAGAAACGCCAGAAGAAGAAGCAGCAGAAUGCUGAUCCUAACAAGCCCAAAAGGCCUGCAUCUUCAUUCCUUCUGUUCAACAAAGAAGCAAGGAAAUGUUUAAUGCAGGAGCGGCCAGGGAUCACCAACUCUACCCUUAAUGCACUGAUUUCUGUGAAAUGGAAGGAACUUAGUGAAGAAGAGAGGCAAAUCUGGAAUGUUAAAGCUGCUGAAGCCAUGGAAGUAUACAAGAAGGAAAUGGAAGAGUACAACAAAUCUGCUGCAUCCUCAGAUGACAAACCAUAAAUAGCUUUUAGCUAAUAGGCUGCUGUAGUUAAAAUGAUGUUCAAGUGUUGAUUUUUUGAACAUCUUGUAGCUUGGCCAUCAGUUCCAUGGCCUAAUUUUCCUUUGUAGCAAUUGACUCACUAUCUCUUUUUUGUGCUCAAUCUCAAUUCCAAAAUUGCGAUUCAGUGAAUUGCUUAUCAUCAA